GUUUGUCCUCCUCACCCAAAAACAAAUGAUUUUAGCUCUUAUGACGCAUCAAAUUUAACCAGAAUGGCAAUAGAAAUUUUUACCAGUGUACCCGAUUUAGUCGAUAGUGAAGAGGAUAUAAAUGAAGAGAUAAAAAAAUCAAAUAAAAAGAAAUUAAAAUGUCUAGAUGAAUUCAAUUAUUUUAAAUCACUAAGUUUUGAAGAUAAAUGUCCAAACUCACACUACUUAUUAAUCACCUCAAACGAUAUUCCAAGGGCUAUAAACACAAUGGCCAAGAAUAAAAAAGUGGAUUGUAUUGUUUUAGGCUCGACCGGAACCAAUUCUUUAACCUCAGCAUUAAUUGGUUCAGUUAGUUCACAAGUUUUACAAACAGCAAAUUGCUCUGUAUUAAUCUCCAGAUAA